AUGACUAGCCAUACCAAUGGCGCCGCAUCUGCGCCGAAUACCCUGCCGGACGCUACCCUUGCGAAUCCAAAGCUUGCCGUCCCAGCUGCUGUCGCCGACGCCCCCGCCCCGCCUCUGAUCGUAGUCAAGAGCCCCAGCGAUGCCCCCGAUGCGGGCCUUAGAAGUCUCGAUCACUCCUGGCGCAUUGACAAGAGCCCCAAAUACCUUGCCCGUACGCAAGCCUCCAAGCCUUGA